AUGCUUUACGAAAAUGCCGAUCGCCGCUUAGAUGAUCCACGCGAUAGUGCCGGUGCGGAAAUUAAAUUUGGAGUGGAGCGCUACUGGGUCGGAGGAUGUUUGCGAAGCGUUGAAUCCACUGAGCAAGUCAAAGCGGUCACCCAUGAGGAAAACGCCGCGGAACAUCGAGGAUUUGCGGGGCAACAGAGGCGAAGGUACCGAAGUGGCUGUUCCACGGCAGCAGCAAUCAUCCCUGCUGCUGCAUUCGGACGUCGGGGCCAAACUGGGUCCGGCCAACAGCAGGAGAAAACCGUCCUUGUGGAUUGGGUGGUUCUCAAGGGAACUCGAAAUGACGACAUGGUGCCCAUCUUCGGGGUCGGAUUGGGUAAAUCAGCAUCGGAUCUCACCCCUGAGAAUAAAAGCAGAAGUGGUCAGGGACGGAUGCUCUAA